CGGACAUCCUCGCCGUGUGUGCUCCUACUGCUUACAUUCCGGUCGCGUGUGAAAAGUUCUCCGUAUAAGAACGCUGCUGUAGGUAUCAGUUACUGCUGGCGGUAGUAAAGUGUGCAACAGCUAAGUUUGAUUCAACAACCAACUGAGAUGAAAUUACCCACUAGGAUACAGCAUCAGUGGAUUCUACUCAACUACUUGGUGUUCCUGCCAUGGAUUUCCUGCCAAAGAUUAAACAUCAACCGAAACCGGGACGAGGACUUUCCACGGGCUCAACCCUUACAGCGACGAUCGGCUUCGUUUCGUGACGAAGAUUUUCCACUCAGCCGGACUACCUACCGUACUAGCACUGUUCGUGGUAUCGUUUUUCCUUCGCAAGCACAUCGAUUCGAAGUGAGCUCCAAUCCGGACUUUUACUUUGACUACUCGCGGGACCAGCGUCCCGCCGGUAUAGGGCGCAGUCAGUCAGUAAACUUAGGACGAUCUACCAAAGCUCCUGUUUCUGCUAGAGCAGAAGAAUUCUCAUAUCAGGAGAAGGAUAAAAAUGGUCCCUCGAAAUGGUACCGAACUGCUCCGCAGUGCGGAGGUCGGUACCAAAGCCCCAUAAUGCUGAACACGGACAGCGCUCUGGUUGUGCGAAAUAAACGCCCACUGCAAUUGGUCGGCCAGACAAAUCUUCCGCAAUCCAUACGGUUACAGAAUGAUGGUCAUUCGGCCAAAUUUACUUACAUUUGGAACUCUAAUGAACGUCCGUACCUGCGAGGAGGACCCCUGAAAACUAAAUAUAACUUUGAGCAGUUCCAUUUCCAUUGGGGCUCAAACAGUACGGUUGGGUCUGAACACGUGCUGGAUUCGCUACGAUUCCCGAUGGAGCUUCAUUUAGUGUUCUACAAUGCCAUGUACGACUCCUUCGACGAUGCUCGAAAUGAAGUGGACGGUCUAGCGGUGGUUGGUUUGUUCUACGAGAUCUACGAUGAUUACAAUGAACCGCUCAAUACUUGGACCCGGUUUCUGAAAGAAGUCAUAAACCCGGAGACGGAGUUCAACAUUCAAUUCAUCGAUACGUUCCCGUUGUACGAUCUGAUUGGUGACGUCGAGUGGUCCUACUUUUCCUACGAAGGUAGUCUAACGACUCCGCCCUGUCUGGAGACGGUAACGUGGAUUGUGGCAACGAAACCAUUGCUUAUCACACCGAAGGAAAUCAAGGAGUUUCGACGGCUGAAGUCCCGCAGUGGCAUGAUGGUUAAUAAUUUCCGACCGGUGCAGAAACUGUACAACCGUAGGGUGUUCCUAUACUACUGUGGUUGCAUUCCAAAGAAAAGCAAAUGUCAUACGGUUACUAUGAAACUUCGAGUGUUGAUUCUCUUGUUGUUUGGGCUGGGUCUGGGCUGGUGUCAGAAUUCCACGACUGACAACGGUGACGUCUGCCCCGGUCGAAUGCAGAGUCCGAUAGAAAUAUCGACCAUGAGGACUACGCCGGCUAUGGAAAGAAGACCUUUGGAGCUGAUAAAUUAUCAGGAAGAUCCUUCUCAGGUGACGGUAACCAAUGACGGGCAUACAUCCGUUUAUUCGUUUGAAUUUCCCAAUGGUCAAGUGGUAACUGAGCGUGGCGGGCCACUCAAGGACGUGUAUCAGUUCGCAAGUCUACACUUCCACUGGGGAGCCAAUUCGGCACGUGGGUCCGAACACGUGCUCGACGGACGGCGAUAUGCGAUGGAAAUGCAUUUGGUAUUCUUCAACCAAAAGUACGGGUCUUUCCUGGAAGCUCGGAACCAAUCAGAUGGCCUUUCCGUGCUGGGAAUUUUUUUAACAAACUCCACCACUGAACCGAACUACGGCUGGAUUGAUGCGCUGAACGAGGUUCAAACGGCGGGAACUAGCUACACCUUACCAGAUCCAACCGUGUUCAACAUCAAGGGAGUUAUCGGAUCUAGACGACGACCCUAUUUCUCGUACCCUGGAAGUUUGACUACUCCACCUUGCUUCGAAUCGGUUACCUGGAUUGUCCAGCGGAAGACGCUUCCAAUUUCCGAGAGACAGCUGAACGUUUUUCGAUCACUGCGCGAUGCCAAUGGCAAUCCACUGGUGGAUAACUAUCGAGAAGUGCAACCCCUCAACGGAAGAACAGUAUAUUAUUAUCGUUAG